GAGAUACAAAACGAGUUGGAUGAGCGGGAGAAGGGCGGAGAUGAGGAGGAGGAGAAGGACGAGGACGGCGUCCGGAGAUUGGAGGACGGGGUGAAGGAGAGGUUGAGGGAGGAUGUGGAAGCUGACCGUGGGAAACUCAGAAGAGAAGUGACCUCAACACUAAACUUUACAGAGGUGGAAUCUGCACAUCUCCAGGAUAAGAAUCAUAAACUAUCCAUAACCUCUCUUGUCCUCUCCAAGACGGGAGACCACCUCUACACGGCCUCGAAGGACAAGGGUCUGGUCAAGUGGUCCCUCCCCUCUGGUCGGAAGGAGUUUAAGGUCCCAGGCGGGAAGAAAGGAGAAGAGAAUAAGACGCAAGGUCACUGUAACACAAUAACCAGCCUGGCGGUCACUUCGGACAAUGUUUACCUGGCUAGCGGGGACACAAGCAAAAAUAUUUAUAUCUGGACCUGUGAUAAUAUGAUAAGAAGUCAUAUCUUUAAAGGGCACAGAGGAGAAAUAUCAGGAUUAGCUUUCAGAACAGGAACACAUACCCUUUAUUCAUCCAGUCAUGAUCGGUCAGUGAAAAUAUGGUCUGUUGAUGAAAAAUGUUACAUUGAAACACUAUUCGGUCACCAAGACCACGUUCUCGGCAUUGACGCGGGCAGCAGGGAGCGUGCGAUCACGGUAGGAGGUCGUGACCGGACUGUGCGCGUGUGGAAGAUUGUAGAAGAGUCCCAGCUGGUGUUCAACGCGCCUGGAAGCUCCGUGGACCUUGUGAAAUUGUUGAACGAGGAACACUGGGUGACAGCUGGAGAGGACGGACAUCUAGCGGUUUGGGGAGCUAUGAGGAAGAAACCCCUAGCUAUGGUUGAGCGGUGUCACGGGACGGAUCCUGUGAACGGAGAACCAAACUGGGUUAGCUCCCUCUCCACCUUGCACAACUCAGACAUGGUGCUGACCGGGAGCAGGGACGGAUUUAUCAGAAUCUGGAGUAUAGGCGAGGGAUUCAAAACUAUUAUACCUGUUGGGACAAUACAGUGUCCUGGGUUUGUGAACAGCCUCGAUGUAGGAGAGGGUGGAGGACGGAUUGUAGCAGGAGUAGGACAGGAGCAUAGAUUGGGUAGAUGGUGGAGAGACUCAUCAGUUAAAAAUAGAAUUUAUCUUUAUACGCUCAAACCUGUUACAUCCAGUUCUUGAUAUUAUUUUUGUAAUAAAUUUAAAUAAUUUUUA